GGGGCGGUCGCCUCGCGCUCCCACCCUCCGCCUCAGCCUUACAAGAUCUAAUGAGCUCCCCCGGGAGGCUGAGCCGCGAGCCCCGGCCGGAGCGAGCAGAGAGCGCCGCGCCUGGGCGGGAGCGGGCCGGGAGCGGACGGGUCGUGCUACGGACUGCUCAGGAGCCGCGGCGAUGGCGGUGCAGGCUGCGCUGCUCAGCUCGCACCCCUUCAUACCCUUCGGUUUCGGAGGUUCCACGGACGGACUGGUGAGCGCCUUCGGAAGUUUGGACAAGGGCUGCUGUUUCGAGGACGAUGAGAGCGGGGCGCCCGCGGGAGCGCUGCUGUCGGGAUCCGAGGGCGGGGACUUACGCGAGGCCACCCGCGACCUGCUCAGCUUCAUAGACUCGGCGUCCAGCAACAUCAAGCUGGCGCUGGACAAGCCCGGCAAGUCCAAGCGGAAGGUUAACCACCGCAAGUACCUGCAGAAGCAGAUCAAGCGCUGCAGUGGCCUCAUGGGCACCGCGCCUCCGGGACCGCCAUCCCCCAGCGCUGGGGACGCUCCAGCUAAAAGGCCGCCAGGUGCCCCGGGAGCCCCGACCGUGGCAGCCCCGGCGCAUUGCAAGGCCACCCCGAGGAGGGAGGCGACGCAGGCUGCGGCUGCCGCCAGCCUGCAAAGCCGGAGUCUUGCUGCCCUUUUCGACUCUCUGCAUCACGUUCCCGGGGUCGCAGAGCCGGCAGGCGGUGCGGUGGCCGUGCCGGUCCCGGGCCUCGGGGCAGCGGGGGCAGCGAGCGCUGCGGGCGACGGGGCCAGCACCGCGGGGAGCUCAGCGGCCCCUGGCACUAGGAAGGUCCCUCUGCGCGCCCGCAACCUGCCCCCGUCCUUCUUCACUGAGCCGUCUCGCGUGGGUGCCAGCGGCGGCUGCGGCUGUGGCCCCUCGAGCCAGGGCAUGAGCCUGGGUGACCUAGAGAAAGGGGCGGAGGCCGUGGAGUUCUUUGAGUUGCUGGCGCCAGACUUCGGCGCUGGCAACGACACGGGCGUCUUGCUGGCCGCGGAGCCCCUGGACGCGUUUCCCACUGGAGUCCUAAGGGGACCCUUGGAGCUGGAGUCUGGCCCCUUUGAGCCGCCGGCGAUGAUGGGGAACCUACUAUACCCCGAGCCCUGGAGCACCCCGAGCUGUCCCCAACCCAAGAAGCCUCCUCUGGCAGGCGUUCGCAGCGGUGUGACCUUGAACGAGCCUGUGCGCCUCCUGUACCCCACAACCUUGGACUCUCCAGGUGGGGAGGACACACCAGCCUUGGCCUCUUUCACCCCCUUCUUCCCAGAUUGCGCGCUGCCGCCGCCUCAUCAAGUGUCCUAUGAUUACAGUGCUGGCUACAGCCGCGCAGUUUACCCCAGCCUCUGGAGAUCCGACGGGUUCUGGGAAGGGGCAUCUGGGGAAGACGGGGCGCACCCAGACUGACUGCGAGGUACCCUUCGCUUCCCUUAUGACUGCUGUGGGCUCCGUGCCACUGUGGGUCUCUCCUGAGUGGAGAGAAGAUGUUAAAACUCCCGUGAAGACGAAAUGGGAUUAAAAGAAAAACAAACAAACCACAAUUCACCUAAUAAGAGAAACUCCAGAAAAAGAGAUGAAGAGGAGUUGAGAGUUGUUUUAACCAGAGUGUGAGAUUUUAUUUUCUUUCUUCUAAGUGACCAUUAGAUUCUUACUUGGACCAGAAGAUCCCCAAAAGCCCGAGACGGUUUGGGGAAUAAUAGGGUGGGAUGAUGGAAGGGUCAAGAACAAGACAGGGACUUUAUAGCCAACUGUGUCAUCUCAGCUCAGCCAAGGUCAGUGUGUUUAAUGUCGUUACCCCUUUAAAGCAGUGCCCUGGUGUCUCCCCUUGAGUACAUUAUGAAUUAAAGCCUUUAUUGAAAGAA